CCUGAGACCAGCUAUGAACGGCUCCGAGCUGCCGUCAGCUCGUCUCGUCCGCACCAAGAUUCUGAGCGAGGGGUACCACGCUGAACAUCACUUCACUCUCCUGGCGUCGAACUUCCUCCUACUUUCUAUUAUCGAUGUUCUAGACGUAUUGUACCUUUUAAGAUACAUCGUUGCCAGCGAAUGUUGUUUGGGCAACACUCCGAACCGCGCCAGUCCUGAUUGCAUCGCGAUCCCGGUCCCCGAGGAUGACCCGUUCCUGCGCCGCAGCGGCGUACGCUGCAUGAACCUCACCAGGUUUAUCACCUUCCAAGACUUCCAAUGUAUACCGAACAGCUUGCCAGCUGAACGAAUAUCAGUCCCGACUCCAUUGCUAGACUUGUCAAUAAUCUACGGGAACACAGACGAGCAGUCAGCAAGAACCAGGACUUACCAGAACGGUCUACUCAGGUCGGAGUUCAGAGAUGGAGUAGAGAGACCCCCCGGCAAUGCUCCAACGUGCAUUUCUAAUAAGCUGCCUAGAGAAACCGCUUGCUUCGAGUUCGGUGAUUCAUUUGACGGGAACACUCUGCCCGGUAUUGCACAGAGCAGCUUGAUAUUCUACAGAGAGCACAAUCGACUCGCCCGAAGAUUAGCCGAGAUCAACGCAUGCUGGAAUGACGAGGAACUCUUUAAAACUGCCAGGGAGAUCAACAUAGCGCAGUGGCAAUACCUGACAUACUAUCAGAUGAUGCCUUUGAUUCUUGGAACGAAGAAUGCACUAGAAGUUGGUAUAAUCUACAACACUGACGGCUACGUGAAUGACUUUGACCAGAAAUACAAACCUGGGGUCUACCACGAGUAUGCUUUGGGUGGCAGGUACUUCCACACUUUCCAGGAGGGAAGAUCGGAUCUAUACAAUAACAAAGGAGAGUAUUUAGGAACCAGAACAAUCAUUGAUGAUGCAUUGCGAUCAGGCAUUUACGAGUUGAACAAUACAGAGGCUGACCUUAACCAGGGUUCGUUCAGACAACCUGCUGCCCGGUUUGAUUACAACCUAGAUCCAGACGUGGCAGAGCGCAUUUUCGAUGGUCUACAACGAGCUUCAGAUUUAAGUGCCAUAGACAUCAAGAGAGGUCGCGACCAUGGUGUACCUUCUUACAAUGCUUACAGGAAGCUCUGUGGUUUGCCCGUUGCCCGCAAAUGGGAAGACUUCAAGGAGAUUGUUCCUGAUAAAUUAGAACAGUUCAAACGCCUCUACCAAGACGUAAAUGACUUAGAAUUGAUGCCCGCAAUCUACAGCGAGAAGUGGCUCAAAGAUGCUUUCGUUGGCCCUACACUGUUCUGCAUCAUGACACAGACCUUGGUGCAGUGGAGGAAAUCUGACAGGCAUUUCUUUGAGCAUGGAGAUAUACCAACUGCCUUGACUUUGCCUCAGCUACAUGAGAUCAGAAAGACAAGCUACGCGCGUCUGAUGUGCGACAGCGCGGUCAGAGUCACACAAAUUCAACCCCAAGUUCUACUUAAUAUAGACAAAGAAAAUCAACUGGUAUCCUGUAAAAAGAUUCCUGGUGCAGACCUCACCAAAUGGGGAGAUCCGAAGUGUCAGAAGAAGGACGACCAUGACAAAGAUCAUAACAAUAUCAUCGACGAACACCCUCCCCACUCUGAUGUCGAUUACAGUUGGAAUGCUUAUGUCGAAAAUAAAUAAUUGACUUCGACGUGGGAACCUAUCGUUCUAUCCUCUCUCUUGCGAGCAUUUUUUCGGUUUCUUCCUCAGCAUACUCUAUUAUCUUCCUUUUCUCCACUUUGCACGGUCUUCGGCAUCAGUGCGCAGACUAUUGGCAUCAAACCGACACCUCUUGCUGCCCCUUCUGGCAGGACUUGGCGUAAACGGUACAGCCAGACAUUAUCCAAACCAGCAAAUCACCCUACGUGAUUUGCUGGUUUAUGCAAGACGUGACUAUACUAGUGUGUAAAACAAACUGUGAAAACAAAAAAAAACACGUAGUGAAUUUCAGGCUGUACUGUACUCUCUCCACCUCUAUAUAAUUGUUUCAUUUAAUUCUACAAUGAACAUUGAUUUACUAUUGCUUACUAUAACAAUGUUCCUCCUUAAAUAAAACACGAAAUUGUUAACUA